UGUUACGUCUUCGCCUGCUCACCUGGCCGCGGGCGCGUCCUGGCCGCUGCAGCCCGGAGCGGAGUGUCAGCCGCUCCCGCCGCCGCUGCCGCCAUGGUGUCCCCGGUCACUGUGGUGAAGAGUGAGGGACCCAAGCUGGUGCCCUUCUUCAAGGCCACCUGCGUGUAUUUUGUGCUCUGGCUGCCCUCGUCCAGUCCAUCGUGGGUCAGCGCCCUCAUCAAGUGCCUGCCCAUCUUCUGCCUCUGGCUCUUCCUUCUGGCCCAUGGCCUAGGAUUCCUGCUGACCCAUCCCAGUGCCACCCGCAUCUUUGCGGGACUCGUCUUCUCUGCUCUAGGUGAUGCCUUCCUCAUCUGGCAGGACCAGGGUUACUUUAUGCACGGUCUGCUGAUGUUUGCUGUGACCCACGUGCUCUACGCCUCGGCCUUUGGCAUGCGGCCAUUGGCUCUUCGGACAGGCCUGGUGAUGGCAGUGCUGUCGGGCCUGUGCUAUGCUCUCCUCUACCCAUGCCUCUCAGGUGCCUUCACUUAUCUGGUGGGGAUCUAUGUGGCCCUCAUCGGCUUCAUGGGCUGGCGGGCUGUGGCAGGACUCCGGCUGGUCGGGGCAGCCUGGCGCUGGACCGAGCUGGCAGCAGGCAGUGGUGCGCUGCUCUUUAUCAUCUCAGACCUGACCAUCGCCCUCAGCAAGUUCUGCUUCCCGGUGCCCUACGCACGGGCACUCAUCAUGUCUACCUACUAUGCUGCCCAGAUGUUCAUCGCCCUGUCUGCCGUUGAGAGCCGGGAGCCAGUGGAAGACUACAGACAGAGCAAGGCCAACUGAGGGGCCAGGGUCUGGUUACCCCUCUCUCCUUCUGGGGCAGGGGUCCAGAACCUGCAAGAACUGGGUCAGGAUGGCUGUAGGCCUAAGCUGGAGGAGCAGAUACCACCUGGAAAAUGUACAAGUUUGAGGGGGGUAAGCAGGAAAAGGAUCUCUCUAGCAAAGCUCGUGGUCUGGAACAAUUCUGAGAGCCAAAAAGAGCCAGCCUAAUUCUCCUUGAGCCAGGGCCGGAAUUAGACCUCUCCCCACCUCUAACCCCACCAGGACUGUCAAAGCCCCUCUGGAGGGUGAUGGUGCUCCAUGUCUUGACCUCCCCCCACUUCUACUAGAUGGAAGAGUCUGACUUACACAUUCCUGCUCUUUCUCAUCUGUACAGAGUUGAGGGAAGAGAGAAGUCUGAGCUGAGAUGACCCAAGCCCAGGGCUUGAAGCCCCUUUUGCAGGCCCCUAGUUGGGAAGAUUGGAUGAGGAUGGAGUCUCCCUUUCCUUCAUCUAUCCUUGUUACUUGAACAGUCUCCGUUUCUAAGUGUUGGGUGGGAAGGUGUAGGGGCGUCUUGUUGAGGUAGGUGAGACUAGGGACUUCAUUGGCCUGGGAGCUUGGGUGACCAAGGAUUUAAGUUGGUCCCAUCUCUCUCAGGGGCUAGCCCAGAGUGCAGGCCCACCACCACCACACUUAGACCCUGUCCCCAGGGCUAGAGUGAACCAUGCCAAAGGAAGGGGCCAGCCUGUAUGUGCGUACGUGAGUCUAUGUGUAUGUGGUCUGUCUCCCCAGCCUGUCUGUCUUACUGUGCCAUCUGUCUCUGUCCUGCUGUCUAAGUCUUAUAGGGAGAGGGCCUCAGGGAGUUGCUGAGAGGGUGCUGAGCCUGGCUUAGAGAGCUGGGACCCUACCCUGCCUCCCAUCAGUGCUUUUCUGUCUGCCCCUUCUGCACUGGGAGCCAGAGGAGGGGGCUCCAAUGACAUUCUAGGGUCAUAAGACCCAAGGCACAUUCAAUGCAAAAGGAGCAAGGAUGGGACAACUCCAUCCUUUGCUGCUCAUGUGAAAAAAAAUUAAAUAAAAACCAAGGGCCGUUGGCUGUCCUCUUGUC